AUGGACGAAUGGACGAGCAAAAAAGUAUCCCUGAACGAAAUACUCAAAGAGGAACACCCGGAGAAAGAACCACAUUUUUUGGACGAUGAUUUGGUGAUGUCGAAAUUCGUGACCGAGAAAGACAUUCGAGCGCAUUACCAAAACGAGUUGGAAAACGGGAAAGUGGUCUCGAAUCAAGCCGGAGGCGCGAGGGAGAUUACGAUCGACGAGAGGUCUUUGGUUGAGAACAGACCGAAAGUGGUCAUUGAUAACACUUUAGAUUUAACGCCGGAGGAUUAUCGGAAGGCGGCGUUUGCGACCGGGAUUCCAUUCCGGCCGAACGGUUUAUUCCCGCCAAACGACACGCUCUUGACUAAACUCAGCACGGACCCUAUGUAUUUUCCGUUCAUGAAACACGUGCCGUGUGAGCGACCGCACGAUUUUGUCGUAGCGCCUGGGUGCUGGGCCAGCGGUGAUUCCGCGGCGAAAGCAGGUUUGGACGUCCGACAUUUUUACAGGUUCCCUCGAAAUGGAUGCGACCACGGAGAGCUGCACGGCGCAGUCAGAGCCGGUGAAGGCGCUGCAAUCUGUUUACACGGGUACACCACCGCGCACGGUGGAUCGAUCGAAACCAUACUGGACGAAUGCACGGCGGAAAUUGCAAAGUGCGAAUUCGCUCCAACCGCUACGACUAUAAAUUUCAAAGUCAAUCUGAAAAAACCGUUCCCUCUUCACCGAACCUGUCGCAUCCUGUGCAAAAUCAAAUCCAUAUCGAGCAACAAACUCCGCAUCGUGACUACUGGAGAAAUCUACGACGCGGAGGAUGACACGUUAUUAGUCACUUGCGAAGCAGAACUCGUCGAUAUCGCUCGGAUUUCCGCAAACACCCAAGAGAUGCAGAAUAAGAUGAAAAGCAACGGCGCCGUCAACAGAUGGAACGGCAUGUAA